AUGCCGUGGAUUGGUGAAGAGCUAUUAGAGUACAAAGGCAAAGCACAUCCACAAGGCGAGGCCGACGUUGCUGCUGCUCUAGAGGGUGUAGAUGGUCACAAGCGAAAGCUUGCCAUCGAGAGGCACAGCAUCAUCCAUGAAAUGUCAGUGGAGGAAGUCGUUUUGAAGUUUCCCAUCUUCAGAGAAGAGUCAGCCCUGCUUCGGGAGUUCAGGGUCCUCUGGAAGAGGGACAUUGUUGCCUGCUUUGAGAGAGGCAUCAAGAAGAUGUUCCUGGUGCUGAUGAACUGGGGCACAAGCGAUGAGAUCAAGGCCAUUUCUCAGCCAGGCAAUGAUGUUGUUCUUCUGGUGUUGGACUCCAUUGCCAAGAGAUGCGGGGAGAACCUGUAUUCCGUCUUGGUCACGGAGGACCACGCCCUGACAACGCCCUGCCUCGUCACGCGUGACUGCGAGAGCGUUGACCUGUUUGUCAACGGUUCCCGCCUGUUCUCCGCGUCUUCCCUGCUCGGGGGCCUCUGCGCGCUCUUCGCAUCCUUCUGGCUCCUCCAGUUGGAGUACUCCCAGUGCGUGCAGGGCAUCAUGACGUUCUUGGAGCACGCGUUUCUCAGCUUCAACUACACCGCCGCGCCACAAGGCAAAUGCAAGAGGUUCAUCAAAUUGUACAGGAGAGUAACGGCCCCGGACUUGCGUCGAUAGUCUGGCGUAGUCGCUGAUCCUCUCAACUGUCGCACUCUAAAAGCAGUUCCACUGCAUGUCGCUCACUUGCGUGUUCUUUUUUGUAAAAUGUGCACUCAGUACGUUCGUAUCAAGAACACUGUUUAACACUGCCAGUGUGCGCAUGUCAUCCUUGACCUGAAAGUAGCAUCCUAAUGGCGUUUAAGGAAGGAAGGCCAUGUGAGGUCGACACUUAUCACCUGCAACGAAAAAUACACUCCAGUGGAUGCAAUUGUUUUUUAGAGUGUAGUCAUUGUUAUGUGCAAUUCUUGCAAGUCAUAGACCUCUUUAAGCAUUUUGUGCAAUUUCGUGCUGGUGUUGGAAAUUUCACUGCAUAACUGUAACAAUCGAAAAAGCAAAGCUAACUGUUCAAUGCGGUGUGAUUUCUACAUCUUUAACCGCGGUGAACAUAGAAUAGUAGGGAAACAUAAGAGACUGCACAAAGUGUUGUGGUUUGUUAGUUCAAUUCGAUUGCAUUUUUAUGCCCAUGAUCACACAUAUACAUCAGUUAAUUUAGCUGGGCCAUGAAGAAAGGCUGUUCUUAGCUGCUGAUUUAAAAUGCCGGUGUUUGAUUUUGCCAGGAAUCGGGAUUUUUUUUUUCUGUUUGUAGAUUUGCAAUGGCUGCUGUGGUGUGGUAGGCAGUUUGGAAUUGGCCGUUGGAAUAAGCCCGUUAUAGCUUAAGCUGUAAAACAAAUAACAGCAAUUGGCUCUUUCUGAACAGUACCUGAGGGUCCACUAAAGUAUGCUUUGUUUAACAGGAGCGUCAUUUACUGGGAGAUGAUUACGUUUGCGGAAUUCAAGUGCGAAAUCAAUCAUAAGUGUAGUUGUUCCAUCUAAGAUGCCCAUUUACUGCAUGUUUAUCACGCAUAAGUUUUUUUAGUUCUCGAUAUGUCAAACUGGUUUCAUUGUCAAUGUUGAGUUGAUGUUGUUUUAUAUGUUGCAAGUAAUUUUGGUUCAUAGCCUCUGUUUGUUCUG